AUGUCAAAUGAGGAAGAUGGUGACCAACUCCAGGAAGAUUUACAACAAUUCGAAGAGUGGCAAAAUAAGUGGCAAAUGUCAUUUAAUCCUUCUAAGUGUAAAACUAUCUGUAUUUCUACCAAGAAACCACCACCCCAGAGGGUAUAUUCCUUCUGUGGGGUCAAACUGGAACAAGUUGAAUCGAUGUCAUACUUGGGAGUCACUUUUAAUGAUGAUUUGAAGUGGUCCAAUCAUGUCUCUACUAUCUCUAGUAAAGCAAGCAGAGUCUUAGGAAUGAUGAAAAGAAAUCUUUGGAACUGCCCUAAAAAAGUGAAAGAAAUUGCAUACACAGCAAUUGUACGCCCAAAACUUGAAUACGCGACGUGUGCUGCUUGGGAUCCCUAUCUUCAAAAGGACAUCGCUUCUCUUGAGAGAGUUCAGAGAAAAGCAGCACGGUUUUGUAGCAACAAUUAACAUCCCACAGCCAGUGUCACAGACAUGCUACACGAGUUAGGAUGGACCACCUUGGAGCUAAGAAAAACAAUGACUCGGCUAGCCUUGUUAUAUAAGAUGAGCCGAGGGCAAAUCGAUGUCGACACCGAGACUCAUCUGAAUCCAAACACCGAACUUAGAACUCGCGAAGCCAUCAAUAUAGAUAUAUACAAGACAAAGCCACAAAGAACACGUACUUUUAUUCUUUUUUCCCUAGAACUAUAAGGCAUUGGAAUAGUCUACCAGCAGAGAUUGCUGAGUUAAAUUCCUUUGAACUUUUCAAGUCUGAACUACUAGAAUACCUAGUUGACAAUCAGGACUAAUGUAUUUUAUCCUAUGUACUUGAACGUUUUUUUAGAAUUUUAUAUACCGUACAUCAUAGAUAUUUUAGAUUUAAAUAGUUGAUGUGAUAUCAUUUGUAGAUUUUACCGACUUAAUUAUAUGCAGAUGUAGAUGUAGAUGUAAACCUCCAUGUUACUCGUUCGGUUUGCAAUUCCGCCUUAACUUAGGUUGGUUAAACAACUGUCUAACUGCCCUUACUGCUGCCUUGAACGUUUUGGCAUUGUCAUGUACUAUAAGGCUUCGCAUUCCUCUCCUAGCAGCAAAUCUCCGUAGACAACAUAAAAAUAUCUCUUCAGACAAAUCCCUAACUAGCUCCAAAUGUAUAGCUCUAGUCAUACAACAAGAAAACAAUGCUAUAUAAACCUUAAUUAGACGUUUUGCACAACACUUUACAAACAAUUGAUGGACGUACCUGUAAAAUCUAUUUCAACAUUAGAAAAGGGUGCAGCUUCCCUAACUCGAAAUCCUGGCAAAUCUGCCGUCUGUGCUAUACUAUAUGCUUUUCCCUCUAAUCUCGCACAGGUGACGCAUCUACCUAAAAUCCGCUUCACCAUUUGUCUUCCUUUCACAACCCAAUAUUUGUCUUUAAUCUUCCUAAGGUUGCCCAUACACCAGAAUGAUGCACUUCACUGUGACACUUCUGGACAAUCAAUUCAGUCAGUCUGUGGUCCUUGGGUAUAAUGAUUGCCAGAUUGGGUGUUUGGUAUUAAACUCUAACUCAGAAUUAUGUAAUAUACCUUUACAUCUCAGAAUGCCAUCCUCUUCCAUCAAAUCUAAACUAUCACUCAGCUGGGUGUACUUUCUGUCCACUUUCAACCAUGCCAAGUAACUACACCACUUUAAUCAAUAUACUCUCUGCCUCAAUUAACUCAUUCACUGUCUGAUUUGACUAGCCGGCUCUAUCGCCUCUACAACCAUUACUACAGACUUUCUUCUUAUCAGUAGCCUCAAAUUUUGGCCACUCCUCUUUGAACUUAAUUAGCCAAUCUGGCCCCUCCCCUCAUAGCUUGUUAUCUUUCAGUUGUGAAGCAAUUACACCUCUAGAUCCAAUGUCAGCAGGAUUUUCAACCUUGGGACAAUGCCCCAAAUCCCCUUUGUUCGUUAGCUUCAGGAUCUCAUUUACUCGCUGGACCGGUGGUGGACAAAUUGUUUCCACCCACCCUUGUUUAUUAUCCAGUAGAGUGCUGUCAUGCUGUCAAGCCAAACCUUGGUACUGUCGAUCCUAACCCGGUUCUCAAGUGACCCUUUUACUUACUUCAUAAUCUGCGCUAAGAGCUUCACUGGAAUGCAUUAACUCUAACCUGGGAAUACUAGUUGUUUUCAUGGGAGCUACUUUUGCCUUUGAUGUCAGUAAGCGGACAUAAACCCCUCACAUUAAUACGAUAAACAAAAUAUACAACUGCACAGUAUGCCUUCUUGCUCGCAUUGCCAAAUCCAUGCAAGGUACACUCCAAAACAACUUUUGCAUGAUGUUGAUAUAUACAACAAGGAGUGGUAAUUUCUUAGUUUGUAUAAAUCUCUGUACCAACCUUCCAACAAACGCAGUAACUCCUCAGUGAAGUUUUCAUCCCUAUCAACUUUAUCCUUACAUACUUCUUGGAACAAUAUCUUGGCACAUACAAAUACUGGACUAACUAUUCCGAGAGGAUAAAAUAAACUUUGUAGGUGAUAAGGUUUUUACCAUUUGCCCGGGAAAGGGCAGUUUCCCCUACCUUCGCACUCUCAAACUUAAACUCAUCGCUUUUGUUAUCCCAUGCCUGUCCUAACACUUUAUGGCAUUUUGAUUCACAUCCUGUUACUCCAAGGGAUAGUCUUGCAUAUGAUUGAUGAUCCUCAACAAUGUGUUUUAUCUCACAUUGGCCUGUCUCAUGCACCUUAAUUUUAUUUUCAAUAUAUUACUGUUAGUUGGCCACAUUCUUAGCUUGAACCCCCCUUGUGCCAUUCUACUCAUAGUCUUAUCAUACAACUGAAAUGCCUUAUCUACCGUACUUUCCCCACUAACUAAAUCAUCUACAUAGAAACUUUCGAGCACCUUCUGCACAAACACAGGAUCUGUUUCAAGAUACUUUGAGACAUGAUGCCUUAAUGUUGCAUUGAGCAAGAACGGUGAUGCAUUCAAUCCAAAAAGUACUCUGCAAAACCUAUAAACAACUGUUUCCAACGUAUCACUCUCAACAUCAUUUAUUCACAAAAACCUCAAACAAUCUCGACCUGCCUCAUCAACCUCCACAUUCAAAAAAGCCUUUUCAAUAUCGCCUACUAAAGCAAUCCUGUUUUCUCUAAACCGUAUCAGUAUGCUAUAUAAUAAUGGAUUGAGGGAUGGCCCAACAUGCAAGCAGUCAUUAAGUGAUCUUUCUGACUUACAUUCCUUAGACGAAGCAUCAUAAAUAACCCGAACCUUUGUGGUAAAUAAUGAACUUUCUCAACUUUCUCUAAUGCUGCUACUGGUUCUACAAUCCCUCGCUGUACCUGUUCUCUGAUGAUAGAAUCAUACUCUGUCAACAAUGCUGGCUCCUUCAGUCGUCGCAACUGAUUCAUCAUUCUACCUAAGCCAUUUGCAUAAUUGUCAAACAAUAUGUCGUGGCUUUCCUUCCAGGGUAGUUUCACGGAAUAUCUACUACCUGUGAAAGAUAUGCUGUCUAAAACUCCUCAUGAACCUCAUCUCCUCACAGAUACCUAAUCCUUCAAAACUCCACAGAUGCUGUACAUUAUUCUCCAAACUAUCGUCAUUUUUCUUUUUCUGAGCUACAAAAUUUACUUGGGCUAACUCUGCUCCCUCUAUGUCUUGUGCUCUCAGAGGCUCUGAUAAAACUCAUCCUAGCUCAGUUUCUAUGGCAACUGGCUAUCCUGAUUUACCCUUCUUGGUUACACCUGUCUGAAAAUUCCAGAGGUAAUCUGCCCCUAUCAACACAUCUAUCUCUAGCUCACUCUGGGACUUCGAGACAUCUGAAAACCAUAUACCUUUCAAUUAUGGGUAUUCUCUUCUUGCUAGUUCUACAUCGCCAUUCUGUAUUCUACAAAUUUAUGGCUCUACAAAUGCUGUACAUUCCCGUUAACAGGUUCAAGCUUUAAUUCUACCACCUGCCUGUGUUCGGCAUUGGUACAUUUUUGACAGAACGUAUUAAUUCCUAACAAUUCCCGUCUUAAGCCCUUGGGAUUGACAAGACUAGCUGCUUUAGAAGUAACAAGGGAACGAUGACUUCCCGCAUCAAAAAGAACCCGCACCUUAGCUACCCUUUCACCCCUUAAAACCCCGCGUGCAGUUUGCAAGUCAACCAGGCUACCAGUUCCAGCAUGCAAGUUACUACCAGAACUAGUCACAUGCACAUUAGUAUUAACAGGGACUUGUUUAUAUUCUUCGUCAGGUUUGACUGUUUUAUCACAUCUAUCGUCUUCUUUAGGGAUUGCAUCACACAAUGCAACAUGAUGUGCCCCAUUGCAAAUGUUACACCAAUUCUUAACAGUACCUGAAUUAUUGGCUCUAUGGCCCUUGCAUAAACAAAAAAAAACAUCUACCGUAUUUACGAGCCAAACUCUUUCGUGUCUUCGGAUCUUUCACGUCGCAGUCUCCAUGGUUGUGGUUCUUCAGACAGAAGGCACAGUUUCCUCUCCUUUCUUUGGCUAACAAUGCAGCUGCAGUUCCGUGAUAAUGUUGGCCAUAUUUCUUUAUAUUACCCGAAUUUCGCCCGUGUCUUUCCUGCUCUCGAUCCGAAUGCGUUCCCACUGCAUUGUGCGCUUUACGAAGUUCGAGUUCCUUCUCAAAAGCGUUUAACAUUUCUUCCAACGACCAUACCAGAAAUGUCUGCCCUCGCGUGAUGGUCAAACGAAACUGUUCUGGCAACUUUUCCAUGCUUGUUGGAACAACAAUGGCUAAAUACGAGUCUUCGUUCAAUCCCAGGGCUUUCAAUGCGCGGUUGUUCGCUUCGCACUUUCUUCAAUCUUCUUCGCAUCUUCUUCAAAACUUCCGCAAUCUUUCUGUAUCUCUUUCUUUAUAAACCGCCGGCAAUUGUAUCAGUUCAUUUAUGUGCGCCCGUCGGACUGCGCUUUUCUUUUCGAACCGUUUCUUUAACAAUUCCACCGCGCACUUGUAAUUCGCUGCCGUCAACGAGAGACCAGCGAUGGUGGACUUUGCUGCCCCUUCCAGAUAUCCGCGCAGAUAGGCGAACUUGUCAACAUCCGACAAUUGGUCAUUGUUGUCUAUCCCAAAAUUCUCGCCAUUCACAAAUAUUUGCGCUGAAAUUCCGCAGUCUAAGUUGCGGAAGCUUCGCUCUUAUGAUUUUACCCGCACUUGAUAUUGAAAUAUGACUGGAUCAAGGAUUCCUUCGGCGGAUUGCUUCGAGUUUUCUUAGCUCGUCAUCGAGUUGAAGCAACGUUCUUUCCAAUUCUGCGAUCUCUUCGUCUGAAUCCUCGAUCUCUUUGCCAAGUUGUUCGUCAACAUCUUCGUCUUUCGAUGCGCUGAGUAUAACAAUGACUUGUUCAUCGAGCUCUUUCAACAUUUUGAUUUUGUGUCGCAAUGUAAUCUGGCUUUGUCUCAGCCAUACUAAGUCCUUCUCUGGGCUCUCUGAGCUUGCUUUCAGAAUCGCAUCAACUAUCUUUGCCACAAGCGUACUUGCUGAUGCUCUGUGUCCUCCUCUAACUCACUUUUUCCUUGUCAUAUCGUCCAUACUCUCGGUUUUCAAACUUUACGCAAAUCUUUCCACUAUCGACGGCAGCGCAAAUAUCAAACGUUCUUUGUUCGCAGCCUCGUACACAAUUCACAAAUCCGGCUCGAAGGAGCACUGUUUUUCAGAAUCUUCGCUUUGAUCUCCGCACACACUGGUUCACACACAAUAACAUUCGGGGACUGUAUUCUAUCGAUUUAUUUCAUUGGAAAGAUUAUAUAUUUACAACGCGAUUUUAGACUUUCUCGUCUCGCUAUGACCUGAUUACCACUAAAUUUACAUAUUAGCCUCAAUCAAUAAUGGUAUUAAUUUAAGUUACAAUGAAUCACUAUGACGUAUUUUAAGCAAUACUAUAUACAUAUAUUUACAUUAAGUAGCAGAAGCAACUGAUUUGCGGAAAACAGGCGGCACUGCGCUGGGAACUUACAACAGGCUCUUUAACCAAUCAGAUUGCUUUAGUUUCACUGACAAAAAAUAAACUUCGGCAUUUUAUAUUUAUACUUCCGGCUAUAUGGUAUCAUUUAGAAGCUCCCAAUUUAAUACCAAAUAUUUUUUGUGGGUUUUGGACCACCAGGCACAGGAAAUAGUAGCGAUGAAUUUCUUCAUUCGCUGAAGCCAAGUUAUAGCAAAGAAGCCAUGUUAUCCUGGGGCAUGCUCCUGUAUGAUUAACAAAUCUUACCUUCAUAUCGCCCAUAGAAUUCUACUCUCAACGCACAAUAUUCAAUCCAGAUUUUUGGCUUGAUACGAACAAAACGAGCAAUGAGGUAUGGAUAUAAAUCUCGCCUUACUGAGGUACGGCCAUUGUAGUUCGCUGUGAAUACCUUUUACAAAGAGAAAGUGAAAUCUUAAUAUGAAGAAUAUGUUCGCUGAAUGGUGCUUGAUGGAGCUGAAUGAUAAAUUUGCAUCUUGAAUAUUUAUUAAGUCUCUUCAAGAAAAAUAUUCGAACAUUGACCAACGUUUUUCAUGUAUUUGUACCAUUAAAUCUCCCGAUAUUAGCUGAAGACUAAAAGCUGAAUCCAGUUGGACAAUCUCUGCAAAAAUCUAUGAGUAUUGUGAGUAAAAUUAUAAUGAGUAAAUUUAUAUGUGAUUGAAAAUUCAUGAGUAAUUAACAAGGCUACAUGUCCGCACUUGUAAAUCGCAGUAAAGAUCAACAAGUCGUGUUAGAGGGAUGUUUAUGAAAGUUAUGAAUACUAAUUCAAAAGCCGAACCAUCUAGUACCCAAGGAACGACGUCACCUGCCAAUGCGAUGCAUGUAUUCCUCUGGCAAAUAGGCACCGUCAUCCCUAUUCAAAGCAUGAUUACUCAUAUUUAUAUGCCACGCUUCUAGGCAAAGUCUUUGACCAUAGCGAUUGUUUGUGCAUGGUAAUUACUUUAGAGUUUUCCCACGCAAUCUCGUGUUUGGUGUAAUAUAUAGAUGUUCUGGUAAAGCUAAUUUUCCCUUGUCUAAAGUUGAAACAGCCUUUUGAUGUUCUUUUAGCCGUUUAGCAAACUGGCGUUUAGACUGACCCAAAUACUCUUUCUCGCAGUCACCGCAUGGUAUAGAAUAUACAGCAUGAGUUUUCUGAUUUGUUUUAACAGGAUCUUUUGGCUUUGCGAAAAUAUGGCCUAAAGUCAAAUAGGGUUUUAAGGCAACCUUAAUAUUGCAAUUACUUAAGAUUCUCUUGAUUGGUUCUGCGACACCUUGAAUGUAUGGAACUAUUGCAUAACCCUUAACAGAGGUAUCACCCUCUAAGUUAUUUUGGUUCCUACAAAUAGGUGAUCUCAGGCAAUCAUUAAGAAAACGUUUUGGGUAAUCGUUCUCCCCUAAAACAUUUAGAACAUAUUCACGUUCAUUAGCUUGAGAAUCACUGUUUGACGGCAAGGAUUUGGCUCUUUGAUGCAAAGUUUUUGCUACGGAUCUUUUAUUGCUUACUAUGGUAAUGACAGUAGUAUGACAAAUAUUUGUCUGUGUAUGUGGGUUUGCGAUAAACAUCAAUCUUAUGACGUCAUCCCUUGGGUAUUUAAGAAGCCACGAUUGCAACUUUAGAUCACCCCUGACACUAGAACUGGAGUGUCAAAACGUUGGGUCUUGAUUACAAUUCGACUGGGCUUUGUAAUCAUUUAUUUAAGCCAGAGUAGCGAGCGAAACAUGAUUGAUAUACCUGAUUGCAGUGAACGAACAAACUUUAAAUAUUUCAGUUUGUUUGGUAUUCAAAUAUCCGGAAUUUACGUCACAAAUGCAUAAUGACUUAUUAAACUAAAAUCUUGUAUAUCGUAUUCACUAUGCAGUUUAAUUCAUUAAAAUGCAGUUUGGAGUUGUGGGAGGAUUACAUAUACCUAUGUAAAAUUCCAUUCAGCCUUCUUAUAUUCAUGAUAUAUAACUGCAUUGUUCACAUGUGAUGUAAAUUCCGGACAUUUACAUAUCAAUAAAACUGAAGUAACUCAGUGACAAAGUAUGCAAACGAAUAUCUUCAAAGUAAGUUAUUAUAUAAUUUCAGAAGUUCUUAAGAAUGAGUUAUAAAAAGAAUUGAGGUUAGGUGCACUUUAAGGGUUUGCGCAAUAUGUCAUUUGAGAACGGUGUAAAUGUAAAUAUAUUAUAUAAAACAUUACUUUUAUUUCUCCGUCAACAUUGUAAUCUUGCAAGUUAUCUUUACCAUAUCCAUAAGCAAGUGUAUAAUUCGUUACCCAUCCAAUGCCGCUGUCCAGACCUUGGGUUAUCAGUGCAGUAACUGUUACAUUGGUUCUGAAAUCUACUUAAAACCAUGGAUCACUGUCAUCGUCUGCUGCUAUCCAACCGCCAUGUCUAACAUACGAUGUUUCCACAGUUGUUAUGUUGGUAGUUUCGUUCAUAGUUGCGUUAUGUGCAGUUAUAUGCAGCCUUGUUGUGCUGAUGCUUUGUGUAGUUGCAUUCACGUUCAGUCUCGCUUGACCAGGUCCAGAUGUCUUAGAAUCCUUGAAGGACGACACGGCCAAUUGAGAAUCGACAAUCAAACGGGAUUCCAUGCCAAGUGCAACUGGUUCAAACCAAUCGGUAUCUAAAAGAUAAAAGAAGUUAUUCCUAAUCCUCGAGCUCUCUUAACUUGAACUGAAUGGAAAUUCUUAUACAUAGAAAAUCAAAAGUAAACAAAUUGUUGGAUUCAGGGGCGUAGGAAGCUUAGAAAAGUUGGGGGGGCCAGGCUUUGAGGGGCACUUUCAAAAAAAAAGGGCAUCUCAAAAAACAUUUUUGGCGACCUCUCUCAAAAAUUUCGGUCAGUGUACCAUUUUAGGGGUAAAAAAUUUUUCCGGACAUACCAUAUUUUUCCUUAAAUACUAAAAAUUUUUUCCCGAAAAACAAAUAUAUGAUAUUUUUAUCGGAAACUAAAACAUUUUUCGGGAAAAAACCUACAUUACAGUUUUCAAACGUUUCGUUUGGACAAAAACUGCGAAUUGUAUGAAAAUUUUUCAGGCACAAAAAGGGCACUUUGCUCCUGUAAAAAGGGCACUUGCCAAAACUUGGGGGGGGCUAUGGCCCCCCUGGCCCCCCGGUUCCUACGCCCCUGGUUGGAUUAAUGCUUUGGUAAUCACAUCCGAAGAGAACACCUUAGCACACGUAAUAGGAUAGUUCCAAGUGCAAUUUGGAUAAAACAUGCACGAGGGAGUUUUUCAAAGAGCAUCAAACGAGUGCUAUUUGAGAUCUUUGAAAAUCUCACGGGUGCUUGUUUUACCCAAAUUUCACGAGAAACCAUCCUAUUAUGGAUUAAUAAUAUACAUAAAAAUGUUCGAGGCAAUUGUAAUUUUAAGUUAUACGCUUACAGCGAACCGUUCACUGACAGAGUUUUCCUGCUUUGUUAUAUAUCACAUUAUCCAACGUUAAUAGUUUGACAAUUCCACACAACUAUGAACUAUGUAAGUUUACUCUUACUCUGUUACUCUUGUUUAGGGUAAAGUUUUUUUCUCGUGUUGAACAUGAUAUCUCACUCAUUCGCUGCUCUCACUCGUGAUAUAUCAUGUUCAACACUCGAAAUAAAUCUGGUAUUUCCGCGCACCCAUGUAUUAUUCUCUAUAUCAUAUUAACAUCAACACGUUGCCAAAAUUGUUUCUUAAAUUAAUAGGCCGUUUGUUGCCUCCCGAUAUCGUUCACUUUCAUUAAGCAUGUCUUGAAACUGAAAUAUUUUUACGGGAACUAACAUGCACGUUCAAGCACGCUGACUUCAAAUCAGAAAAAUUCCCGCGCCGUAUAGACUCGCAGUUUUCUCACAAACUGCUAUUUUAUCCUCGCUAAUUUCACAACAAAUUAUUUCAUUGUUCAACGACGAUGACGACACACGAUUAUACAGGGUGUAUAAAAAAAAACGGAGUCGUCCUAAAUAUCCUUAUUUCUAUCGUAAAAUAAACUACCAUAGUUUCGUUUUGUGCUCAAUUUAAAGCUUGUUUUUUCAUCUUUCGGAUGAAGGGUUUCUUGAAAAUUUUGAACUAAGGCUAAUCGCAAUAAAAAUAAUUUAGUACAAGCGCUCGUUUUUAGAUGCUUCGAAAUAUUAAUCUUCGAAGAAAUAUUAAUCUUCGAAGGUAGUUUGCUAAAAUUUAGAACGUUGAUGUUUAAUUAAAACUUUACAAUCACCAUUCAUAAUGCCAAAGCUAACAAUUCCGGAAAGAACAUUCAUUGUUGAAAAGUAUUUCGAAACAAAAAGCUUUUCCAGGACGUAAUCUUCAUCGAGCGUUUGGCGUAAUGUCAACAAAUACCGGCUGCAUGCAUUAAAUGGAAGAACCACCCCAUAAAGUUUAAAUCGAAAUAAAGGAAACUCGGAAAGAAGAAGAGUGGUCUUGGAUAUGAGACAAAGAACGAACUUGUGUGAACUUAGAAAUGGAGGCCACGUUGAGUAAAUGUGUACUUCCAACUUAUUUUUUGGAACGUUUAAAUAAAUUGCGAAUUCAUCACAUCCACGUUUUUUUAAUUUUCCAAUUGCACUUACUUAAAUUGACACAGCUCGCCAGAAAUAAGUCCAAAUUAUGUAAAAUAAAGUAUAUAAAAUAGCCGAAAGAUCGCGAUUUCGAAAGAAUGCAAGUAUAUAAACGUCUAACUUUCAUACUCGCUUUCAUUUUUACACUUCACGUGAGGACUCUGUUUUUUUUAUACACCCUGUAUUACUAAAAAAAAAAAAAAUUCUAUUAAUAACCGGUCUUCCUUUUAACAAAAGACAGUUUUGCUCGAAUCAUUUUGAGUUAUUUAAUCUUAUGCGCGUUGGACGAACGACAUAUCUUGUCUACAACUUUGAGAAGGUACAGAUAACGCAUUCCAAAAUCCUCAGUUCUAGCGAUAUCUCUAUAAAAUCACAAGGAACUAUAAGGAAGUUAAUGCUAAGCCUUUUGGCGAUGUCACUUGCCUGUAAAAUAACUAUGUUGACGCAAUCAAGGUAUUAAAACAAAACUUUGCCGCAGAGGUCAUACAAUUUUGCUUUCAAGUGACACAAUGAGGCUUACUGAUCCAAGCAGGAAACUAUUCAGACGAAGAGGUGAAACCUGAUUGGUCUAUUUUCCCGCACAUGCAUGGGAAGAGAUUUGACAAUGGUUUGUUGUUAAUUCAGCCUUGUGCUUUGCACGUGUAUGAUCACAUGAUUCACAGAUUGACCUUUGUACCAGACCUUUGUACUCCAGGAGACUUUGCACAACUUUACUCUUGUCCUAACGCUUGUUUCAUUAACUUAAGUUUAUAAUGCUAUGGGCAUGUAUAAACUUGCUAUAAUGCGAAGCCAACGUAACGGCAAAGACAACACUAAAAUGAAAUAUUGUCCAUUGGUUGCUGGUAGAAGACUUGCGACAGGAUCAAUCUUAAAUAACCUUAAACUAGAAGAUAAAUGUUCACAUCAAAGACAAAAUCAGUGCCAAGGAAUGAAAUCUGCUCUGUAAACUUACGACGAAUGGAGAAAUUUGUGCAUAAGCUGUUUAUUUGGUGACUUUAACAUAUAUGGCAGCCCUCUUUCCAAUAAUAUUCGCUUAUCGCACAGAAUAACACCAACUGAUAUAAUAGUUCAAAUGCAAUGAUAAGUUACAUCUUGAAUUACAUCUCAGAAACUGUGUUGGAUAUAUAAAUGCUGACCCAUUCCAUAAGAUUACCGAUUUAUAUCGUAAAACAUUUUGAUCGCAUGUAAAGAAUUAUUUCUCAUCCCAGAGAUAUAGCCCAACGACCUAACAUUGACGUCCUUGUGAUUUUAUAGAGAUAUACAGCCAGAACUGAGGAUGUUACAAAGCGAUACUUGUAGCUUCCCAAAGUUGUAGACAAGAUAAUGUUGUUUACGUCCAACGCGUUUAAAAUUAGAUAACUCAAAAUGAUCCAAGCAAAACGGUCUUUUGUUCAAUGUAGAGACUGGUUCAUAGGAAUUAGUGAUUUUGAGUUUGCAAUCGUUACCCUGCGAACAUGCAGGCUCCCAUGCUGAAUUGAGAGACUGCAUCGAUGACUAAUGAAUUUGAAUAUCUGCGUCUCAAAUCGCGACGCGAAAUUCUCAUUGGUCAGAUGCUAUAAUUUAUAUGUUUCCGCUGAGCUCUAUAUAUCUCAACUGCUGAAGCACUAUGCAUAAAAAAAAACACAUUAACUGAUCAAAUUGGUCUUGGCCAUCUUAAUUUUUGAGAAAACAGUAUUUAAAACAUUUGAACUUUUGCUUGAAUAUCUUAUAUUCUGCAAAACAGUGUAAACUGUACGGUCUAAAUUUAGUUUACACGGUCUAAAUUUAGUUUGCACUGUCUAAAUUUAGUUUACACGAAAGUUGUGAACAACGCCAUAUAAGGAUAGACAUUCCAUAAUUAUUUGGAAAAACGAACGUUACGGGGCAGAUAUUCAAAAUUGUUUAUCAUCAGUGCAGGCUCUCAAUUCACCUCGUGAAAUUACUGAAGAUAAAAUAGCAGUUUGUGAGAAAACUGUGGAUCUACGGUGCGGGAAGUUUACACAUUUGAACACAUCGUGUUCGAAAGUGUUAGUUCCCAUAAAAAUAAUUCAGUUCCAAGACAUGCUUAAUGAAAAUCGUUUUCUAGACACUAUUCGAGGUCACAGCAAAAAGCCUAUGACGCGCAUUUUAUUAUGUGCAUGACUUCCAGAAUUUGUUUUUGUUAUUUUUUCUCAUAUGCAUGUGAACGUGAAGGUUCAUAAAUGGUGUUUUCACCUGUUUCGUUUAUAUAUGUUCGUAUGGAAAUAAAGGGAAGUUUUCCAAUAAAAAGAUUCUUCGUAUAAAAAAUUUAUACCAUACGAGUUUUAUAAUGAUGAUCGUUACUCCUUAGUGAUAACAUAAAGCCCCGGUGAGACGAGAAUGAGAGUUAAUGAGACCCUAGAACGUUCGUCCAGAUGGGUCAUCUGCAUACCUCUAGUAUAACCGGGUCAUUCAGUUCUAUAGGCCUUAGCAUCUUUUAAGUUUGUUUUAUACUUUCAGGGAUUAUAUAUGUAUCUUGUGUACAUUAAUUAGAGCAUAGUUUGAGGACAUAAUAACUUACCGACAUACCACGGUGGGCAUAAAAGACAGCGAAUUUGGCCAAGUACAUAUAACUUUCUCUCGUUAGUUUGGAAUAUCACAAACCUCCCUCACAGGAUAGAACUUAACAUUCCUAAAAAUCGUAUGUUUUUUGUUUUUCGAUUUUGUUACAUUUUGGCGGGAAAAUGACGUGCCCACUUUGGCGCCAAAAAAUUAAACACGAGCUAAGAACAUGCCAGUAACUUUUUCGAAAAGAUUGUCCUAUAAGGAUCUCAAAACUGUAAAAACAUUAAAAAUACAACAAGGCAAUGCGAAGAUAUGGCGUUUCAAUGUUCGAAAAAAAUCUAUUUUUAGUAACAAAAUGGCUGAUUUUUCAGUAAAAAUAGAACUUUGAAUCGCCAUAUCUUCGCAUUGCCUUGUUGUAUUUUCAAUGUUUUUACAGUUUUGAGAUCCUUAUGGGACAAUCUUUUCGAAAAAGUUACUAGCAUGUUCUUAGCUCGUGUUUAAUUUUUUGGCGCCAAAGUUGGAACGUCAUUUUCCCACCAAAAUGUAACAAAAUCGAAAAACAAAAAACAUACGAUUUUUAGGAAUGUCAAGUUCUAUCCUGUAACGGAGUUUCGUGAUAUUCCAAACUAACGAGAGAAAGUUAUAUGUACUUGGCCAAAUUCGCUGUCUUUUAUGCCCACCGUGUACGAGCCAAGAAAUUCCAUCCUUAUCGAAACUCGUAACCCUAUCCAUUCUAGGGGGAUAAUACGUAGGAAGCGAACCAAUAAAACUCGGUUCAGGCGUUGGUCCACAAUCGUUGUCUGGUCGUAGUUUGCUGGAUAUACCUAUCAGGUUCAAGCAGAAUUAAAGUAUAUUAGCAAUAUAAACCACUAAUAUACUGAAGAUUUGCAAUUUAACUAUGGAAUUAUGCUCAAUCAGCCAAAACAAAAUUUGACGAGGUUGUGGCAAGUUUUAAAACUAAUUUAAAAAUUGCUUAUAAUUACAUUCAACGUACAUGCUUCGAUGCGAAUAGCGCACUUUGUUUAUUUUAGGUGUUGAACUGCCUAAACAGUUGUUUUUAUCACUUUUAGAGAACAAAACAGUUAUAUAGUUAUACUGCCGCAAUCUUGUCGUUUUUUCUCGAUUUAAAAAAAGCAUUUGACACGGUAAACCACGACAUAUUACUGGCUAAACUCGAGUUAUAUGGUAUCAACAAUACGCCUCUUAUGCUAUUCAAAUCUUACUUAACAGAUCGAUCUCAGCAAUGUCAAGUAAAUGGCAAAUUUUCUACGUUUCCAUGGAGUACCCCAGGAUUCAAUUUUGGGUACACUUCUGUUUUUAAUUUAUAUCAAUGAUUUAUCGAACUGCUUACAACACUCUACAGCACGUAUGUUCGCGCCGAAGAUACCAAUAUCACAGUGUCCGGUAAAUCAAUUGAUGAACUGAGGUGGCCAUUAAUGCUGAUCUCAAUAAUAUCAGAGAAAACGGAAUACAUUUUGAUUGGAUCACGACACAAUAUUAACACACUGGAAGAACAACCGCGUGUUUUUAUUGGGGACGAACCAAUUAAAGGGUUUCAGGUUACAAAAGCUCUUGUAGUCAAUAUUGAUCCAUUUUUAACUUGGGACAGUGAUAUUGACCAUAUUUAAAAAAAUUCGUCUGGAAUAAGUGCUAUGCAAAAGAUAAAGGAUUUCACUAAUUCCGAUACUUUGAUGUCAGUCUAUUAUGGUCUUGUCCAACCCCAUUUCGACUACUGUCGUGAAGUUUGGAAUCCCAUUAGUAGAGACCAGUAUGAAUGACUACAAAAACUUCACAACAGAUGUGCUAGAAUUAUAAUGAACUUUAAAGAUGAGCCUGGGCAAUCUCAACUGGCCCUUGAUCAAUUAGGCUUGGAAGAAAGGCGAAAACAUAUUAUGGCCCGGCUCAUGUUUAAGGUUGUCAAUAAUUUGGCACCGUCGAGGUUCUCAUCAAUGUUGCAGAAUUCUAACCAAAUCCACAGUUAUAAUUUACGAGGUUCAAAUUCGUCUCUCUUUCUGCCACGAACAAAUACCAAGUAUAGCAGUAAAUGUUUCCGACAUAGUGGGGUUAAAAUCUGGAAUAACAUUCCUGAACAAGUAAGAAACAGCGAAUCUUUAAAUUCUUUCAAUAGAAAUAUUUCCUCUGUUAGUCUGACGAAUUACCUAUUUGACUAUUGUACCAUUUGUUUUGUAAUAUGUAUUUUGUAUUCGUAGUUCUUACUAUUAUUAGCGAUUUUGUAUUUUAUAUAUUUUUGUAACAUAAAUUAUCUACGCCCCACUUGGAAAGCAGCUUCGAUUGAAGUGGCCAGCGUAGUCAAAUAAGGUUUUAUCCUAUCCUAUACAUUUGAAAAUGAAGUGGAUAAUUUACAAUCAAGCCCACUCGUGAUCGAUAAUGUCGGAUCUAUAACCGUAUGGACCAAGUAGGUUCGGUGUUGGACAUGCAUGUGCAUGGCGUAAAAAAAUGCAUGAUAUUAUAUACUAAGGUAGUAGCAGACAAUAUUCAAAUAUGAAAUCAAAGCGUGACAAGGAUUGUGGAAAUUAGAGAUUGUUAAAAUGAAUUAGUAUAGGUAAUCAUGCGAUGGCGAGUACAAUUAGGGAUUAAUAGUACGAGUGAUGUUUGGAAAUUUUGCCAAAAUUGGACGAGCCGCCGGGGCGAGUGACCUUUCCCCUUAUAACUAAAAUUUCGAUCUAGACAAAAAUUUCAUCACAGCUUGAAAGAGCAUCACACAAUUAGUAAUAUUCCAAAGUUUCGUUGCAAAAUCUAGUAAAAUGCGGAUAAUAGAGCCUUGCGAAGUUUGCCGUUUUUCAGUCAUUUUGUAUUACAAACGGGAAAUUGACAUACGAUUCGGGUGUUGAGGCUGCAAUUUCCCGUUUGUAAUGCAAAAUGACUGAAAAUUGCAAACUUCGCAAGGCUCUAUUUUCCUCAUUUUACAACAUUUCGCAACGAAACUUUGGAAUAUUACUAAUUUUGUGAUGCUCUUUCAAGCUGUGAUGAAAUAUUUGUCUAGACUUGCCUAGAUCAAAAUUUUGGUUAUAAGGGGAAAGGUCUAUUGUACGAGCAUUUUGUUCGUAUUUUCAUUUAGUUCUUUUGUUAAAGCAAAAUUUAGUGCUUUUGUUCGUAUUUUCAUCUAGUUCCUUUAGGGAAAUUUCAUUUCACAUUUGUGUCAGUUUAAAAUACCUUUCCGCCAUUUUGUUUGUUUUGGGAAAAUCAUUAAUUGUACUGCAGUACAAUUAAUGAAACAACUGUACUCCUCUCAACCAAUCAGAAUCCAGUAAUUUUGUCAUGGUAAUAAUAAAAAACGUAAUUUCCAACCUUGGUCCUCCCAUAUUCUUUAUGUUCCUUAAAAUUGAUUCCAUCAUUGCUGUAGUGAAUGGAAAUUUUUUUAACAUAAAAAUUAUCGUCAUCAUGGCCUUGUGUUUUCGAACCAGUUACUGUGGUCCACUUUAGGAAAUCAACCUGGAACCAUUUUUCACCAUCAUCGGCCGCAAGUUGGGCACCUAUGGUAAAAAGUAAAGGAAAUAUCUCAAUUUGUGCCAGUAGGCACUUGCGACAAUCUUAAUAAAGCACGAAGCGGCCGAGCAAGGACGGGUAGAAUGGAAGAAAAUAUCGAAUUAGUUACACAGGCUCUACCGCAAAACGCGGGAGACAAGUUUCACGCCGGAACGUUACACUGGACAUAAAAUUCCAUCCGUACGUAUUAAUUCGAAGACUGAAGUUGAAGGAUGGUGCUCCAGCCGAACGUUUUGCGUUCUGUAAUCGGUUUGUAAACACCUUAUAGUAGUCUCAAAUGAAAUAGUUUUCAGUUUACAUUAAGAAAAUAACACAAGGAAUGUUAGAAAAUACGCAUUGCAUUGCGAUGGGCAUCCGCCCGAUCACUAUGUUGAAUUUCUUUAAGUGGUAUGGUUUGGUUUGACAAGGGCAUGGAUUGUUUUGGUCCCCACUUUGUUGAAGGAAACGUUGACACCAUGCAGAGAGUAUAUGCGAAUCAUCUGUUACAAUUAACGUGAUCCAUGGAGAUUUUCGCCUUCAUUCAUGGCAUCGAUAGAAAUACCAUGUGGUGGCAACAAGAAGGGGCUCCAUCGCACACUAGCAAUGCGACGAUGUAGUAUGUAAAGGUGGUGACUGGCGAUGUCCCGGUGUAACGCGAAAUUUCUGACUUGCGAAAUAUCUGACUAACGUAUAACUGCCCAUGCGCAGACGAUGCGCAUGAAUGACUUUGGUUCACAUAAAUUUCGCAACUCAAAAGACAACACGUGAAUUUAUAAAGUCAUUUUGUUGGAUAAAAUUUAUACAUAAAUCUCCAAAUUCUGCAAUUGAUCAACUGAAUUGACACUAUACCACUGGUUGUGAACGUUAGCGUUCAGCGAGAAAAGAACUCCACAAAACGUUUGAGCAAUUAAAAGUCACAGCAGAGGCAAAUUUACGUGUAGUGUAAUACACUUCUUAGAUGUCACGUUCGACCUCAGCAAUUGAAAAUACAAUGAACCUUAUAGGAAACCCAAUUAUCCAUUAUACGUAGACAUCCAUAUUAUUAGAUCCAUUAAACAUAGACCGACACAGACAGACACCGACCUAGCAUCGUAAAACACUCUCCGGAAAAAAUGCUAGACUAAGGACAUAGUAAACAAGGUAACUGUCACAACAAGCAACACAAACAAGAGAAAGUACUACAUCGGUAUGACAGCAACCACCUUUAAAAGCGAUACCGAAACCACAAAAGGUUUAUCAAUCACAAAAAAUACUCAAACAAUAGAGAACUUUCGAAAUAUAUUUGGAAAUAAAAAGAAAACAAACAAGAUUUCGAUAUGACCUGGUCAAUACUAAAACGCGCUAUUUCUUGUACGGAAGGAUAAAAAAGAUGUAAUUUAUGUUUAGAGGAAAAACUCUGUAUUUUGAAGAAAAAACAAACAAUUUUUAGUUAACAAAAAAUCGGAAAUAGUUUCGACAUGUAAUCAUAAAAACAAAUCCCUAGUAAACAAUGAUAACAAUGGAAGGAAUGCAUGUAUUGUUUGACGCUCGAGACACUGUCGGUAUUAAUGAUGAUGAUAAUCGAGACACUGAACUUUUCAGUCGACUAUUCAGUGUGUUUCAUUUUUGAACAGAUCAACAAAUCAAAACAAGUGUACAGUAAUAUCCAGUCGUUUGAUUUAGAUAAAUUGUAUCCAUACAUAUCAACUUCUACAAUCCGAUAGUAUCGACCUGUGUUACAGAUCAAACAAUCUAUUGUAACUAACCUCCGGCCCGCACAUCUGUUACUGCUUUUAAAUUCAACCUCGCAUUAUGAGGUCCAUUUAGGGAGUUAUACUUAGAUGAUGACGAGAAUUGACUAUCUGAGAUAUUGCCAUUUUCAAGCCCAAGAGGUUGCGGGUCAGUGUACUCUAGAAGAAAAUAACUGUAUUAGGAGUACAGAACAUCAAAGCGGCUCACUUUCAAAAGUACAUUUUACGUAAUUCAAACACAACGACAGUAAAUUUGAGACGCAAAGUUGCAUGUUAUAAACCCAAUGUGAACUACAACAAGCUAAAACUGACUAACCAAUUUUUGACUAGAUAUAUUUGUUGAAAAACAAAGAAUGCCUGAUUUGUAUCAAUUAAGCAAUGUUAGUAAAAAGUUUGAAAAAUUUGUAAAGUAAAUUACACGGUUCGAAAAGUAUUAAUGAAAAAUCGCACGCGUGUUUGGGGAAAUAGUCUAGCGCAUAUAGAACAGCAAUGUAUAUGCGCUAUAGAUUUUUUAAUUUGUCGUUGUCGUUGCGGUGAAACCUGUGAAUAACUUUUAUAUCUUCUUUAUCUUUAAUAUUUAAACAUAUACUUAUUUUAAUACAGCUCAUUGCAAAAUAAGAGCUCAAAUAUAAAUAUAUAUUUUUGUUGAGUUAUGCGUGGCUUAUGGAAGUUGACUUUCAAUUUUGUGUGGUUUUCGAAAGAACGACGCAAUUCUGUAUAUGUAUUCCUUAUAAAAUUUGAUCAAUGUUGUGCGCGGAUUAUGGAAGGUAGCUAAAUAUUUUUAUCCGUGAAUAGGCAAUUAUUAAAAGAAUUAGGUAAUAAAUGGUAAUUAUAUGCAUUCCUAAUAUUUGAUCUGCAUGUGCAUGGUAUCGUGGUUUGGUGACGAGCAGACAAAUUGUUCGUGGCUUGUAACGAGCGGACAAAUUGGGUAAAUCGAACGACUCGUCAAAUGUUUGUGCAUCAUGUGGCAAAGUAUUAAUUAGGUGAAAGACAAAUAUAAUGUUCUUGUCGUUUCACGCAAAUAACAUGCCCACAAAAACGUUGUUUUAACUCGUAACUUUAAUAGAAAGUAAAAGAAAAGGUAAACAACGGUUCCGGGCAAACCGUAGAUUUCUUACAUCCUUUAUAUCAUGCUAUAAAUCACAUUUUAAAGUCUUCGUAAAUAUAAAAUGUCUUCUUGUUCUAAGUAAAUAUUUCUAGACCUCGAGGACAGUCACGUGAUCUAAAGUUCGCGACGCACACGCGCGCACGCCACGCGAUAGCAGUUACAUGGCUCCCCUAAAUUUGCUAAAAUUUACGCAAUCAUAAACAUAACAUAACAGAAUUUGAAGUAAAAAUCUCGAUACUUGAAAGGCUCCUCGUCAGGGAUUCCCGGUCAUUGUUCACAUGGUACUAACAACACCAGUUUGUGGAUUGGACGUUCUAGUGUUCUCAAUGAGUUUGUCCUCUUUCCUUGGUUCGUGAUCUUCCGAUCUCCGACAGCAAGCUUCACUUUACGGACUAAACCGUCUUCUUCUUCGUCGGCCUUUACCACACGAGCUAACGACCAACGACUCCGAGGUGUAUCAUUAUCUUUAAUCACGACAACGUCAUCAACCUUGAAAUUUCUUCUUGGACGGAACCAUUUUUGUCGUUCUUGUAAAGCAUGCAAAAACUCUUUCCUCCACCGCGUCCAGAAUUCAUUGCUAAGGUGUUGCACUCGUUUCCAGUGCUUACGCAAGUACAUAUCCGCCGUUUGAAACACUCCAGGAGGUGGAAGAACUAUCUUACUUUUCAUCGUGAGGAGAUGAUUAGGCGUCAAGGGCUCUGGACAGUCAGGAGAACUUAAGUUGUCGACCGUGAGCGGGCGGCUGUUAACGAUUGAUUCGGCUUCGCACAUAAACGUACGAAGAGAUUCCUCAUUUAGUUGAUAUCCAUUCUUGUGAAGGAUUGCAUUUAAAACGUUACGGACAGUUCUAAUCUGCCUCUCCCAAACUCCACCCAUGUGACUGGCUUUGGGAGUAUUGAAUUUAAAGUCGAACCAGUCACAGUUCUCCUUCAGCAGCUCGGCUUUAAUUCUUUCUUGGUUCAUUUCUUCGAGACACUUUCGUAACUCCGCACUUGCACCGACGAAAUUAGUUCCACAAUCGCAUCUGAGUUGGCGAAUGGGACCUCUUCUGCAGACAAAACGUCGAUAGGCGUUUAAGAACGAGUCAGUUUCAAGGGUCUCUGAAACUUCCAGAUGAAUGGCUCGAGAAGACAUGCACGUGAAAAGUACGCCGUAUCUCUUCAUUUCCUUCCUUCCUUGCUUUAUAUACCACGGUCCGAAGUAGUCCACGGCACUAUAUGUGAAAGGAGGAGAAGCUUCUAAUCUUUCCUUUGGAAGGUCCGCCAUUUUCUGAUCCUUUACGGUAGCACGUAAUCUCUGGCAUGUUGCACAUUUCUUGAUGAGCUUCGCGACGACUGACUUUCCACCAAUUAUCCAAUAUCCAGAUGAUCGGACUUCGUUCAUUGUAAUCCCCCGUCCUUGGUGUUCGACUCUUUCGUGAAGUUGUCGCACGACGAGCUCUGAUAAGUACUCCUUCUUCGGUAGCACGAUCGGAUGUUUCGCUUUGUCAUCGAUGCUCGCACUUCUUAUUCUUCCUCCCACCCUUAUUAAUCCAUUCUCGUCGAUGAAGGGAUCUAGUUGCAAUAAGGUACUUGAUUUGGACACCACCCGUUUCUUUCUCUCGGAUCUUGAGUGAUUUUGAUCUUCCUUUUCUUGUUUCAGCGAGCUCAGUUCCUUGCUAAAGGCUUGUUUCUGAACUAAUUUCACGAUAUAUUGCUCUGCUAACUCCAUUUCUUCCACCGAAACGGGUAUGUACUUCCGGUUGGACUGGACUUCUGGUUCUGCGUUGUUCGGCUUUUCUUUCUUUCGAACUCUCGCGAGAAGUAGUCGACAGUAACGCAGGCAAACAGCAUAGGCUCUCUUUGCACGAUGCAAGCUGGAGAAGUAUUCUAAUCUUUCGACCAUGCUCGGCAUCUCCUUUGCAGACGUCGUUAGCACGGAUGCCUUCUUUACUUCCACAUCAUCGGGUAGAAGUUUUGUUAAGUCGCUUGGCUGAUGAUAUUCACUCCAGUCUUCGUGUUGCUCGUACAGAAACUCUGGACCGUUGAUCCAUGUGGCAUUGUUGAUGAGCUCACUUGCCUUUGUUUUUUCUAAGAAUCUUCUAUCUUCUUGUGAUAAGGAUUUCCCUUCUCCGUUCCUUUCAGAACAGUCCUGUUCGAACAUUCUUCGUACUGCAUUGGGGUUUAACACUUCCUUGGUCGGCUUACGUGAAAUGAAAUUUAACUCUGGAGAAUCUUGAGAUGCAAUAUCUCGAGUUUGUAUUCGAUGACAGUUGGAGAUGUCAGUGUUGUGAUGCUUGUGACUCUGAUUCGUUGCGCCAAUCAGACCCCAUCCAAGCACUGUUCGGACAGCAUACGGGUCUCGUGGGUUUCCAGGGAUAACAUCGCGUGGUUUAAUGGCUUGCACACAGUUGUUUCCAAUCAGCAGCCCGAUGUCAAAGUCCUCGCGAUAUGCAGGAAUCUCUUUCGCAAUUGGUCUUAGGUGGCUCCAAUUUCUUGCCAUGUCGGCGGUAGGAAUUUGAUCUCGUUGUGCUGGGAUCUGCUCUCUUGAAAACGACUUGGGAAGAGGAAUAUCAACCGAUUCGUCUUCUGGUGAAAUAAUCUAUCCACUGAUUUUCUGGGUCUUGAUGUCUUGAACAGUGUGCAUUGUUCCUAGUUCUAUAACUAUUUCAGGACCAUUAACUCCCAGUUCCUUGCAAACACCGUCUGUGAUAAAGCAAGGAUCGCUUUGAUCAUCCAAUACUGCGUACUUCAUCACUUUCUUACUCGGGAUGUCUUUAUGACAUAUCCACACGGGUAUGAUCAAUGAACUCGUUGGAAAUUCUUGACAAUUAUCGCUUACGUGGCAGACUUUAGCGCAAUUAUGUGUUACGUGGUCUGCUUCUUUCACCUUUUCUGCGUUAGGGUUGGGCUUAGAUUCGAAAUGAAGAACGGUCGUGUGAGGUUUCUUGCAAGUACGACACUUGAUAUCUCCUUUGCACUGUCUUGCCAUGUGACCUUGUUGUAGGCAUGAGAAGCAAAGUCCCUUUGAUUUGGCAAACUCGGUUCUUUCUUUGACCUUCUUCUUUAGGAAUUCAUCACAGACUUCAAGCUUGUGCUGUUUGUCGCACAGGGGACAAACAUCCUGUCCUUUCUUAACAGUACCGUAACC